AGGCGAAGCCGUCAACCAUCAUCGCUUUUUCAUGGGUUAUUGCAACAUUUCUGCGUGUGAGAAAAAGAUCCUUUUUGCUGUCGAGUGGAAAAACGAAUUUCUGUUGUUAGAUAGCGUAUCGCGUAAUUAGCAACAAGAAAAGCAGAUUACGAAGAUCGUGUGUGUAAUACUUUUGGGGACGUAGAGAAUUGAGUUCGAAUAGACAAAGCAGGUUAAACUAGAAGCAAAAAACGAGAAUAAGCAAAUCGCUGCUGACGAUUGUGCUGAAAAAGUUAUGGCUGAUCAGACCGAGCUACGUAUGAAUUUAGUGGCUAUCCAACGUUCAGAUCCGUACGCAAAGGACAUUGUAAAUUCAUCCGCCCACGUAGCUUUUUACACGUUCAACACCGCUGAUAACGAGUGGGAGAAAACUGACAUUGAGGGGGCAUUGUUUAUCUACAGCCGGAACGCAGAACCGUACCAUAGCAUUUUCAUCAACAAUCGACUCAAUACCAACUCAUUGGUGGAACCAAUCAACGGUCAGAUAGAACUGCAAUCGCAGCCUCCGUUUCUCUUGUACCGUAACGAGCGAUCGCGCAUUCGUGGUUUCUGGUUUUACAAUAACUCCGAGUGUGAUCGCAUCCGUGAAAUCAUUUCCAAACUAGUGGCAGAGUGUAACAGCGAAACUAGAAAAAUUGUCGACAUGGGAAAAGUUAAUGCGAAUGGUAGUUCCACAGGGGCAAAUGUGGAUAUUUUCACUAUGUUGACUAAGGCACAGGAAGAUUUCAAUAACAGCACUGGGAAGCAACAACCAAUUCCACAACCAGAGCAAGUUUCAAAUAGGAAUCCUACUACAGCGGUUAAUGCGAUUCCAGACCAAAGUACGCCCCAGAGUGUGGUUAACUUUUUUGCGGCCGCAAAACAACCGGCAGCAUCCGAAGUACCACUCUUCCAGACGCUCAUGUCCAACCCAUUGCACACGCUUGAGCAAAUAGAAAAACAGCACCGAGCGCCAACACCACAAAAGGAUGUGAAUGCUACAGGAAAAAUAACCCCCGAGGUAGGCGAGUUAGAAAAUAGCUUCAAACUAAUGGGCAUCCCCGUUAAUACCGGGCCACCACCAGCUCAGGAGCUCGGAACGUCGCCAUUGGCAACGUUUCUAAGCGUAACAAAUUUGGCUUCAGUUCGGACCAACAAUCAACCGAUACCGAAAACAAAACCAAUUGAAAUAAGCGAGCUCGAGCAACGUCAGCAGCAGCAACAGCACCAACAGCCGUUGCAUGAACUUUUAAAAAAAUCGGAUACAAUGAAUAAUUCCCUAAACAACAGUGGAUCUAUGCUUAACUCUACACCAAACCAUGGUGGCGCCAACAAACCAGCACUGAUGCCCCCGACCAUGUUCGCAACCAGUUCUUCGUCAGCCAAGGGUCUUACUGAAAUGUUUGCUAGCGCAGCAAACAAAAAGCAACAAGAGCAUGCCAAUGGAACUAGCACUUCACUCACAAAAUUGCUAGCAAAGGCCAGCAACAAUAAUCACCAUCCUCCGCCACCUGGUUUCUUCCCGAUGGUAGGUACCAUUGAGCCGCUAACCCAAGCUCAGCUUAUUCAGGCCAUCAGUUAUCUCGUUAAGCACGACCCUGACUUUGUGCGAAAACUACAUGAGGCUUACCUUAAGUCUUUCCAAGAGAUGAUGGCACUGUAACAAGUGCCUGCGGUGAAUGUGACUAUGCAUCGUUUGGAAGAAACCAAACAAGAUGGAAAAAAGACUUGGCGUUGAUAUCAGAUAGCACAGCAGAAAAGAGAAUGACGAUACAUGUUUCUUGCUUUUUAAUUUUAGUUUUUAUCUACCUUUUAAAUACAUUGUCGUUCUGUUAUUACUCACUCGUACAUGUUUUCCUCUUACAAAAAUAUACGUUGCUCU